UCACUUCCGGCGUCACCCGAAGGUGGGGAGUGCCGCGCUUCAGAAGGAGGGGAAGAAGAUUGCUGCCCUGCUGCCGGGGGCCACGAAGCACGUGACUAUUAAGGAUUCUACUCUCCCCGAGGAUUUGUUGGCUCUUGGCUUCCGGCGAUACCGUUUCUUGGGGGAAAAAGACGAGCAAUACCCCAUUUUCGAAAGAGCCUUCGGCAGUAUAGGAGGCGUUAGCAUGGACGUUUCCAAUUUCGCCGCCCUCAAGAAAAAACUGGCCAAGGAGCCAAAGAAGAAGAAAGAGACGGGGUUUCAAAAACCCGUCGAUGAAUUCUUCAAGAAUGAUGGGGCGUCUCAAGUCCCGGAGGGGGAGGGUCCCUCCAAAGCAGUUGAUUCCGGUGCUGGUGCCGGGGGCUCCAAGGGUGAGGAGCUCAAGAGGAAGAGCUCUGG